CAGAGGCAGCCAGCCUAUGGCUUGUAUCAAACUCUAUAUUUAGGAAGAACAACUGUGAGCUAUGACAGGAAUUCUCUUUAACACUUUAGCCUUAAAGCAAGUUCCCUUCUAGCCCAAGCCAGGAGCAGCUCUCCGGACCGGAGAGGGACAGAGCACUCCAGCUAUUUCAGCCACAUGAAAAGCACUGGAAUUGAGAUCCCAGCUCAGAGGACAUCAGGAGUUCCUUCUACCCUGUAAAGCAUUUUUGUGUUUUUUCACCUGGCUGCCUGGGACUGUCCUCAGGCAGUAAACCAAUCCAGAGAGCAGGGAUAAGACCUCGUGAAUAUGUCGAAGCAGCCAAUUUCCAACGUCAAAGCCAUCCAGGCAAAUAUCAAUAUUCCAAUGGGAGCCUUUCGUCCAGGAGCUGGGCAGCCUCCCAAAAGGAAGGAGAAUACUCCUGGAACCGAGGAGGAAGCUCCUGCCACCUCGGAGGAAAAGAAGCCAAUUCCUGGAAUGAAGAAAUUCCCGGGACCUGUUGUCAACUUGUCUGAGAUCCAAAAUGUUAAAAGUGAACUGAAAUACGUCCCCAAAAGUGACCAAUAGUUCAAAGAAAGUAAAGUGGUAAAAGUGCUCAUUGAUAACAAAGCACUAGAAAGGAACAAUGGAAGCAUUAAGUUGGCAGCAAUGCAGCAGUUAUAAGAAGAGAAAUGAUUAACAGGGGUAAAACCUAAGAAGAAUCCUACAAUUUUGCAAACAAACACCAGGAUAGCAGCCAUGCAAAGCCCCGGCACUGAUGAAGCUCUAGAGAGAAACCGUUAUCCCAAAAGUCAUAGGGAUUCUUCUACUCAGUGGUGAACAUGGCACCCUGGCCACAUGCUUUGUGGCAGACAGACUUCAUAUACUGUUGUACACACAAACCUGGAAACUCUGAGAUAUGUAAAGCAGUUUUGUGGCUUGUCAUUUUUGAAUAAAUACAUAUGCAUUUAUGGGGUGUGAUGUGGUAAUUCAGUACAUAUAAUCAAUCAAAUCAGGGCGAUUAGCAUGUCUCCUAAAAUGUUUGUAAUUUUUAUCCCUGGAAGCUUCACAUUCUUAGUUCUUUAUAGUACAUGUAAUAGACCACAUAAAGUACUGUUAUUCAACUAUGUUGUACCAUGUUAGAAACCAUUACUCUUAACAUACUGACCUUUGGCAUCUAUUACCCAACUUUUCUCUGUCCACCUUCCUCCUACAUUUCUUAAUCUCCAGCAACCACUAUUUUAUAAUCAACUUCUGAAAAAAGCAAUAUUUUUAGCUUUUGCAUAUGAAUAGGAACCACAUAGCCUUGAUUUUUAAAACACUUAAAGCCCCCCAGCUCCAUCCAUCUUGCUUCAAAUCCCAAAGACUUUCAUGUUUUAUGGACAAAUACUAUUCCACUGUGUGUAUAUGUCACAUUUUGUGUAUCUAUUUACCACUACAUACAUCUUUCAUUUUAAAAAAUGCAAACUAGAGGCUGGAGAGAUGUCUCAGUAGUUAAGAGGAUUUGAUGCUCUUGCCUAGAAUCUUGUUUUGGUUCCCAGUAUGUACAUGGCAGGUCACAAUGGUCUGUAGCUCCAGUUCCAGAGAUAGCCCCCUUCUGCCCUCUUCUUUGGGCAUGCAUAUGGUUCACAUAUGUACAUGCAGGCAAAACAUUCAUAAAAUAAAAAUAAACAAAUCUUUUAAAAAUGCAAACUUUUAAUAAUUCUUAGUAAUUCACUUUAUAGAUUUUGGUAAUGCAUGAAAGUAAUAAUUUGUGGAAUUUAUCCCACUUGCUGUUACCAGCUAGGGAAGACACUUCCAUUUUUGUUAAUGCAAAUCUAUUUGUCAUACAAACAUAUACCAAAAUAUAUAAAAUAAAAGAAAAUUUAAUUUUUCAGCAA